AGAGCCACCGCCCGCGAGCCCAGAGCCAGCGGGGGCUGGAGGGCGGCCAGGGCGCGUCCCGAAGCCCGACGCCGAGCUCGCCACCUCGGUUUCUCGCGGCCCAGAGGGAUGCUAGCAGGGCCCACCAAGCCGGUGACUUGGGAGUCAGAACGUUAGGUAGCUCGAGCAACCGGCAAGUAAGCGCCAGCCAGGGAGCAGGACACAACCCACACCAGCGCAGGCAGGGCGAGGUCCGCACGUACUGACGGCGCCGGGCGCGGGGCUGGCGCGGCGCAGCCGCAAGGGAGCCCCGCCGUGUCGUAAAAGGGCCGUACGUGAGCGGCGCAGCUCUGGAGGACGGUGGGGUCUCAUCUCGGACGCCGUGUCGGCGGUGCGGAGUGGGGCCAACCUGUUGCUCGUCACGGCGAGCUCGGCCCACGGGUUAGCGUUCGCUGCCAGCCGGCCGGCCUCUCAGAGGCGGUGACCGGGCCGCGGGGGCGGCGCGAUGCGAACCGCGGAAGCGGACGAGGGGCGGGAGCCCGAGAGGCCUUGUGACCGCACCCCAAGCCCCGCGCGCCCGGAGGUCGCCGCCCUCGAGCGCGAGCGCGUGCGCGCGCACCUGCGGGCCCGCCGGACGCUGCUGGAGGUGGCGAACCUGCUGGACGAGCUGCAGAGCGAGGUGGACACCUCGGCCGAGGGUAUCCGGGGCCCCGGCCGCUGCGCGGCCGGCGAAGCGGAGGAGCGGGUGCUGCAGCUGUGCGAGAAGGCGGAGAGGAAGGCCGCCGAGGCCGCGCUGGUGGGGCGGAGGAUCGUAGAGCUCCACCGGCAGAUAGACCGCUGCGGGUGCUCCUGAAGGAUGCGGGGGCGGAGGCUUGAGGUCAGAGUUCUGCAAGACAGAAGACAUUGCCUGGCUGCAGCUGCUGAAAGGAGAGCCCAGACCGGCCAAGGAUGUGGAUGCCGCUGCUUUGGAUCAGAUUGAGAAGCCCCUGGAGGGUUGUUGGGCAUGGAGAGCGGUGGGGUCUGCAUUUUCACAUUCUGUAGUCUGUCAGAUCAAAGGAGGAGAGUUGUGUUCUUUUCAUUUUUGUUUGCUUGUUUCUUUUUUUCAGAAAUGUAGUUUUUCUGUGGCAUGUUAACUGGUGCACAUCUUGUAACCUGUCUGGUGAGUAACCUAGAAUAAGGGAUGAGUUCUAGGUACUGUGUGUAUUGGCUGACUUUGGGGUACACUUUUUUUAUGUAAUCAUGCAUUUCAGGAGCUUCUCUGCCACAGCUGCCUGUGACAUGUGCAUGGCCUGGAGGGUUUGGGGAGGGGAGCAUGGGUCUGACCUUGGCAGGCCCCAGAAUGAUAGCAGGUAGCUUCUUCCAGGCUGAGAUGAUAUCCAGCCUUGGUCCUCACAGGCUGAGACCAGAGCUCUAGCUUUCUUUGAUAAUGUUCAGUUACCUGGAAAAACAAAUGCUGAAAGCCAGUUUUUAGAACCCUUGUGCAAAUAACCAAAGCCAUUGACUUGGCUAAGAAAAGGUGAGAGGAAUAAAUUCUUUUCAGAGUAAAAA